AUUCACAUUUCACUGAUUAAUGGGAGACCAAGUGCUGACGAUCCCUCCCCUGAACUCCUAGAAUUCACCUCUGCUCGAUAUAUUCGCCUGAGAUUUCAGCGCAUCCGAACCUUGAAUGCCGACUUGAUGAUGUUUGCUCACAAAGACCCCAGAGAAAUCGACCCCAUUGUCACAAGAAGAUAUUACUACUCAGUCAAGGAUAUUUCGGUUGGUGGGAUGUGCAUCUGUUAUGGUCAUGCCCGGGCUUGUCCACUUGAUCCAGCAACAAAUAAAUCACGUUGCGAGUGUGAGCACAACACCUGUGGGGAGAGCUGUGACAGGUGCUGCCCUGGAUUUCAUCAGAAGCCCUGGAGAGCUGGGACUUUCCUCACCAAGACUGAGUGUGAAGCAUGCAAUUGUCAUGGAAAAGCUGAAGAGUGCUAUUAUGAUGAAAAUGUUGCCAGAAGAAAUCUAAGCUUAAAUAUACAUGGGAAGUACAUCGGAGGGGGUGUGUGCAUCAACUGUACACAAAAUACUGCUGGCAUAAAUUGUGAAACAUGUAUUGAUGGAUUCUUCAGGCCAAAGGGGGUGUCACCAAAUUAUCCAAGACCAUGCCAGCCAUGUCACUGUGAUCCAGUUGGCUCCUUAAGUGAAGUGUGUGUGAAGGAUGAGAAAUAUGCCCGUCGAGGGUUGAAACCUGGAUCCUGUCACUGCAAAACUGGCUUCGGAGGCCUGAACUGUGAUCACUGUGUCAGGGGCUACAGUGGCUACCCAGACUGCCAACCCUGCAACUGCAGUGGCUUAGGGAGUGCAAACGAGGACCCUUGUGUGGGGCCCUGUAGCUGUAAGGAGAAUGUUGAAGGUGAAGACUGUAGCCGUUGCAAAUCUGGCUUCUUCAACUUGCAUAAGGACAAUCCAAAAGGCUGUGAUGAGUGCUUCUGUUCAGGGGUUUCAAACAGAUGUCAGAGUUCCUACUGGACCUAUGGCAAUAUUCAAGAUAUGCAUGGCUGGUAUCUCACAGACAUCUCAGGCCGCAUUCAGGUGGUUCCCCAGCUUGAUAACCCAGACUCACCUCAGCAGAUCAGUAUUAGUAACUCUGAGGCCCGGCGAUCCCUCCUGAAUGGUUACUACUGGAGUGCACCACCUCCAUAUCUGGGAAACAAACUCCCAGCUGUAGGAGGACAGUUGACAUUCACCAUCUCAUACGACCUGGAAGAGGAAGAAGAAGACACAGAAAAAAUCCUUCAGCUGAUGACUAUCUUACAGGGAAACAUGUUGAGAAUCAGCACAGUCUAUAAUGAGGUGAAUCUGGAUCCAACAGAAGAACACAUUUAUCAGCUACCACUCAAAGAAGAGUUAUUUACCAUACAUGGAACAAACUUACCAGUCAGUAGAAAAGAUUUUAUGACUGUGCUUGCAAAUUUGGAGAGAGUCCUCAUUCAAAUCACAUACAACUUGGGGAUGGAUGCCAUCUUCAGGUUGAGCUCUGUCAAUCUUGAAUCUGCUGUCCCCUAUCCUACUGACAGAAGUAUCGCAAGUGCUGUGGAAGUUUGCCAGUGUCCACCCGGGUACAGUGGCAGCUCUUGUGAGUCAUGUUGGCCUAGGCACCGAAGAGUUAAUGGCACUAUUUUCGGUGGCAUCUGUGAACCAUGUCAGUGCUUUGGUCAUGCAGAAUCCUGUGAUGACAACACAGGAGAGUGUCUGAACUGUAAGGAUCACACAAGUGGCCCAUAUUGCAAUGAAUGUCUUCCUGGUUUCUAUGGUGAUCCUACUCGAGGAACCUCUGAAGAUUGUCAACCCUGUUCCUGUCCACUCAAUAUCCCAUCAAAUAACUUUAGUCCAACAUGCCAUUUAGACCGGAGUCUGGGAUUGAUCUGUGAUGAAUGUCCUGUUGGGUACACAGGACCACGCUGUGAGAGGUGUGCAGAAGGCUAUUUUGGACAACCUUCCAUACCUGGAGGAUCAUGUCAGCCAUGCCGAUGCAAUGACAACCUUGACUUCUCCAUCCCUGGCAGCUGUGACAGCUUGUCUGGCUCUUGUCUGAUAUGUAAGCCUGGUACAACAGGCCGGUACUGUGAGCUCUGUGCUGAUGGAUAUUUUGGAGAUGCAGUUGAUGCAAAGAACUGUCAACCCUGCCAUUGUAACACCAAUGGCUCCUUCUCAGAGCUUUGUGACACUAGAACUGGACAAUGUGAAUGCAGACCCAAUGUGCAGGGAAGGCGCUGUGAUGAGUGCAAGCCUGAAACCUUUGGUCUGCAAUUGGGAAGGGGCUGUGUUCCCUGCAACUGCAAUUCCUUUGGGUCCAAAUCGUUUGACUGUGAAGAGAGCGGGCAGUGUGUUGUUGCUGCUGCUGUUUGUUUGUCAGGUACAAAAAUCAUGCUUGUCUUAAACAUGACUUUGAAGGCGUUGUUGCUGCUGCUGUUUGUCAGUUGUGAAGCUUGUGACUGUUCCCAUCUGGGCAACAAUUGUGACCCAAAAACUGGCCAAUGCAUUUGCCCUCCCAAUACCAUUGGAGAAAAAUGUUCUGAGUGUCUUCCCAACACCUGGGGCCACAGCAUUGUCACUGGCUGUAAGGCUUGUAACUGCAGCACAAUUGGGUCCUUGGAUUCACAGUGCAAUGUAAACACCGGCCAGUGCAGCUGUCAUUCAAAAUUCUCUGGUAUGAGAUGCUCGGAGUGCAACCGAGGUCACUGGAACUACCCUCACUGCAGUCUCUGUCAAUGCUUCCUUCCAGGGACAGAUGCCACAAGUUGUGAUUCAGAGACCAGAAAAUGUUCCUGUAGUGAUCAAACGGGACAGUGCACCUGUAAGGUGAAUGUAGAAGGUGUCCACUGUGACAGGUGCCAGCCUGGAAAAUUUGGACUUGAUGCCAAGAACCCACUUGGCUGCAGUAGCUGCUACUGCUUUGGAGUUACCAGUCAGUGCUCUGAAGCAGAGGGUCUGAUCCGCAAGUGGGUGAUGCUGAGUGAUGAGCAGACCAUCCUGCCUCUGGUGGAUGAGGGCCUGCAGCACACAACUACCAAAGGCAUUGCUUUCCAGCACCCAGAGAUUGUUGCAAAGAUGGAUGAAGUCAGGCAAGAUCUCCAUCUGGAACCUUUUUACUGGAAACUCCCAGAACAAUUUGAAGGAAAAAAGUUGAUGGCCUAUGGGGGUAAACUCAAGUAUGCAAUCUAUUUUGAGGCUCGGGAUGAGACAGGCUUCUCAACAUACAAACCUCAAGUUAUCAUUCGAGGUGGGACUCCUACUCAUGCUAGAAUUAUCACCAGACACAUGGCUGCCCCUCUCAUUGGCCAGUUGACAAGGCAUGAGAUUGAAAUGACAGAGAAAGAAUGGAAAUAUUAUGGUGAUGAUCCUCGAAUCAGUAGAACUGUGACUCGUGAAGACUUCUUGGAUAUACUCUACGAUAUUCACUAUAUUCUUAUCAAGGCUACUUAUGGAAAUGUCGUGAGACAAAGCCGCAUUUCUGAAAUCUCUAUGGAAGUAGCUGAAUCAGGACAUGUGACUGCAUCAAGCCCACCAGCACACUUGAUAGAAAGAUGUGAUUGCCCUCCUGGCUAUUCAGGGCUGUCCUGUGAGACAUGUGCACCAGGAUUUUACCGGCUGCGUUCUGAGCCAGGAGGACGAACUCCUGGACCAACCCUAGGAACCUGUGUUCCCUGUCAGUGUAAUGGACACAGCAGCCAGUGUGAUCCUGAGACCUCAGUAUGCCAGAACUGUCAGCAUCAUACUGCUGGUGAUUUCUGUGAGCGAUGUGCCCUUGGCUACUAUGGAAUUGUCAGGGGGUUGCCAAAUGACUGUCAGCCAUGUGCUUGUCCUCUGAUUUCUCCCAGCAACAACUUCAGCCCUUCUUGUGUGCUGGAAGGCCUGGAUGACUACCGAUGCACAGCCUGCCCACGGGGGUAUGAAGGACAGUACUGUGAAAGGUGUGCCCCAGGCUACACUGGCAGUCCAAGCAGCCCUGGAGGCUCCUGCCAAGAAUGUGAGUGUGACCCUUAUGGCUCCCUGCCUGUUCCUUGUGAUGCAGUCACAGGACUCUGCACGUGCCGUCCUGGAGCCACGGGAAGGAAGUGUGAUGGCUGCGAGCACUGGCAUGCACGCGAGGGCACGGAGUGUGUCUGUACGUAUACUAACUUAGCUGCUGGUUCUGUGGGCCUGGCUUUCAUGUCUGUCUCUGUUCCAACAAGGCUGAUACUUCCUUGUUUGCAAUAACUGUUGCUACUCUGC